GCCCCUCUACGGCUUCGUAACCCUUCCGUACGCUAAAUCUUUGGGGGGGGAGGGGUCGUGUGCGCUCUCGCUGAACUAUUCGACUUACUGCCCAGAGCCCGGAGACGCAAGGAGUUCACUCAGUUACAAAGGAGAUUUACAAAUUCAGAAAAGAAAGAAAAACAGACGUUUGGAAGGAUUGGAACAGCUCGUCCGCUAAAGACAUGCUGGAGCCCCCCAGAAGAAUUCCGCGGCGCCCGCUGGGUGCCUGAAAAUGAGGGACCCUCUCUGUAUGGGUGCUCUGCGUGUCCGUGACCGGAAAGACUGACAGCCCGGCGAGAGGCCUCAGCGUGUUCCCCUGCGACUGCUGAAGAGGACCUGUGAGCAGGCCCAGACAGCAGCUCGGCAGGCUGGAGCUUCCUCACCCAUGGAGAAUUACUUCCAGGCAGAAGCCUUCAACCUGGACAAGGUGCUGGACGAGUUCGAGCAGAACGAAGCAGAUGAGACAGACACCCCCACCCUUUCCGAUGCAAAGUGGACCCAGAUUUUGGCUCCGCCGGCCCACCUGCUAUCCCUGAACCCUGCCCUGGCGCACCCAGACUUCAGCCCCCGCGAGCCCCCGCUCAACUUCAAGCCCUUCCCUGAGAGCCCCGGUGAGACAGAGAAGGAGUCGGGGAAUGGGAGCGAGUGGGACGGCCCCCCCGAGGGCCGCGCCGAGGUCCGCAGCCCGCUGUCCCCCCAGCCCAACAUCGGGAAGCUGGUGAGCGGAGAUGGGCCGGCGCCGGCCGCAUCUGAGGAGAGGGGGGUGCCGAGGGGCGACUGUGGGAGCGUCCCAUCUCCAAGCAUGGAGAAUGGCUGCCCCUCCAGCCCCGAUUUCAACGGGUGCGCCGAGCUGCCCCCCGACGAUGAUGGGACCCGCCGAGAAGUUCUGCUUCCAAAUCAACGUGGGGUCCCUCCGGACCUCCCUGACGCCCCCCAGGGAGGGUCAGGGGGUUCUGCGGAUGAGGUGACGUCCGCCUGUAAAGAGUCUCCCUCUGGGGUGGGGGAGGACCAGGGGAGGGGCGUGCUGAGCGUGGAGGACUGUGCGCUGAGCGAACCUCCGGAGCACAGCAGCAUCAUCGGCUCGCCGAAGGGAGAACGCAACCUGGAGGUGCCGAGGGGGAGCCCCGGGGAGGGGGGCGCGGAAAUGGCGCCCCCCCUCUGCGGCCCCGAACCAGCCGCCGCUGCCGACGCCAAAGCUCAUCCCGAGAGGAUCUCCAACGGCAGUGUUACGGGACCGAGAGAAGCGACCCGGCCGCUGGCGAAUGGCGGGCUCACAGGUCCGGGCCAGGAGACCCGGGCUGGGCCUGGAGCGGGCCAGACCCAGGAGGCAGAGGGCAGUCAGGGAGACACGGGACUAACGGACCCUUCUGAUAGAGGGUCCCCCCAUCCUGAGGACUCCCUUCAUAAUGGCUUGGAUGUAGAGGAAUCAGGGGGUGCGGGUGUCUGCCGUCCCUCCCAGAACCCCCCCUCCAAGGAGGACUCGGUGACGGAGGAGAAGGAGAUGGAGGAGAGCAAGCAAGAGAGCUACGAGCAGGCCCGGGGCGCGGACGGCCCGUCCCACAAACUGAACAACAGCUCCCUGCAGCCAGUCAGCGUGCCCUACGGAGGGGCGCGCCCCAAACAACCCGUCACCCUCAAGCUGCAGAUCCCGCGGCCGCUGUCGGGACAGGUCCAGAACGAGCUCGGCGCCUACGGCAAGAACAAAAACCUGGAGGCGCAGAGCCGGGCUGGCGGGGACGCGUACGCCGAGGACGCGGGCGGCGCCACCGUGAACGGGGACGGCGACGCGGGGGCCCUCCUCGCCCCCUCCGGCCUGCAGCUGCCCUCCGAGAGCCCUGACAACGACCUCCAGGCGGGCCACAUGGGGGUGCUGUCCAAAAGGCCCCCGAGCACCCUGGGGGAGGUGGCCCCGGUGUGGGUGCCGGACUCCCAGGCCCCCGUCUGCAUGAAGUGCGAGGUCAAGUUCACCUUCACCAAGCGGAGACACCACUGCCGGGCCUGCGGGAAGGUGUUCUGUGCGGCCUGCUGCAGCCUGAAGUCCCGGCUGAUGUACAUGGACAGGAAGGAGGCGCGAGUCUGCAUCACCUGUCACUCAGCCCUGAUGAACGCUCAGUCCUGGGAGAACAUGGUGAGUGGGUGUAACCAGAGCCCAAACCCCAACAACCCGGCGGAGUACUGCUCCACCAUCCCCCCUCUUCAGCAGGCCCAGGCCUCUGGGGCGCUCAGCUCGCCCCCGCCCACCGUCAUGGUGCCCGUCGGCGUCCUCAAGCACCCGGGCAACGAAGGGUCUUUACCACGGGAACAGAGGAGGGUGUGGUUUGCGGACGGGAUCCUGCCCAACGGGGAAGUGGCAGACUCCUCCAACAUGCCGGCCGCCAGCCCCGCCCCUGUGGGAACGCUGACUGUAUCACAGGACACUGGCAAACCCUCUGCGGCCAACGUGUCGGAGGCUGGCCACGCCCCCUCGGCCCAGGGCCCGGGAGCACAGCUGGGGAGCCCUGUGGGAAGCUCCAUCAACCUGAUCCCCAGGGACGGGCUCCCUCCCAUCCUCAUCUCCACCGGCGUCAAAGGAGGUACGCGGAGCCAGCUCACAGACUAUGCGGUGGAAGAGCGGCCGUCCGAAAUCUUGAUGAUGCAGCAGUUGGAGGAGGGAGGGCCAGACCCCCUGGUGUUCGUGCUCAACGCCAACCUGCUGGCUAUGGUCAAGCUGGUCAACUACGUGAACAGGAAGUGCUGGUGCGUGACGACAAAGGGCAUGCAUGCGGUGGGCCAGGCGGAGGUGGUGGUGCUGCUGCAGUGUCUGCCGGAUGAGAAGAGCAUCCCCAAGGACAUCUUCAGCCACUUCGUGCAGCUGUACCAGGAGGCCCUGACCGGCAACGUGGUGACCAACCUGGGCCACUCGUUCUUCACCCAGAGCUUCCUGGGCAGCAAGGAGCACGGCGGCUUCCUAUACAUCAGCCCCACCUUCCAAUCCCUGCAGGACCUGCUUCUGCCCAACCCGCCCUACCUCUUCGGCAUCCUGGUGCAGAAGUGGGAGACCCCCUGGGCCAAGGUCUUCCCCCUCCGCCUCAUGCUGCGGCUGGGGGCCGAGUACAGAUUCUACCCCUGCCCGCUGUUCAGCGUGCGCUUCAGGAAGCCGCUCUUCGGAGAGACCGGCCACACCAUCAUGAACCUCCUGGCGGAUUUCCGGAACUACCAGUACACGUUGCCCAUGGUUACGGGGCUGGUGGUGGACAUGGAGGUUCGGAAGACCAGCAUCAAGAUUCCCAGUAAUCGCUAUAAUGAGCUGAUGAAGGCCAUGAACAAGUCCAAUGAGCACGUGCUGGCGGUGGGGGCCUGCCUGAACGAGCGCGCCGACUCCCACCUGGUCUGUGUGCAGAACGACGACGGGAACUACCAGACGCAGGCCAUCAGCAUCCACAACCAGCCCCGCAAAGUUACGGGUGCCUGCUUCUUUGUGUUCAGUGGGGCUCUGAAGGCCUCGUCAGGAUACCUGGCCAAGUCUAGCAUUGUGGAAGAUGGAGUGAUGGUGCAGAUCACAGCAGAGACCAUGGAGGCAUUACGGCAGGCCCUGCGGGAGAUGAAGGACUUCACCAUCGCCUGUGGGAAGGCCAAUCAGGAGGACAGCCAGGAGCAUGUCCACAUUCAGUGGCUGGAGGACGACCGCAACUUCAACAAGGGGGUCAUCAGCCCCAUUGAUGGCAAGUCCAUGGAGUCCAUCACCAGCAUUAAGAUCUUCCACGGCUCGGAGUACAAGGCCAAUGGGAAGGUGAUCCGCUGGACGGAGGUGUUCUUCCUCCAGAGUGACGACCAGCCCAACGGCCUGAGUGACCCGGCGGAACACAGCCGGCUGACGGAGAACGUGGCGCGGGCGUUCUGCGUGGCCCUCUGCCCGCACCUCAAGCUGCUGAAGGAGGACGGCAUGGCCAAGCUGGGGCUGCGUGUCACUCUGGACUCCGACCAGGUGGGGUACCUGGCGGGCAGCAAUGGGCAGCCCCUCCUCCCUCAGUACAUGAAAGACCUGGACAGCUCGCUGGUGCCGGUCAUCCAUGGCGGGGCAUGUCAGCUGAGUGAGGGGCCCGUGGUGAUGGAGCUGGUCUUCUACAUCCUGGAGAACCUCUCCUAAAGAAGGCCCCGCCCACUGGCCUGAACUCCUCCGCCCCCACCCCCCUCUCUCUGCCUCAUCGCACCCCGCCCGCUCAUUUGCACUUCCGAGAACCUAAAAGCUGUGCCGGGAAACGCAUUUCUCCAGGACCUUCUAUGCAUCAUGUCCGGUUUCCUCGCGGGUGCGGGGGGUUCGAGGCGUUGCCAGGUGACACCGGUCGCUCCUCAGAGAUCGGGACCCUGCCCCCAGCCCCCCACCCGCUCGCCCGCCCGACAUCUCCACAGGGCUUCCACAUAGAGCAAUGCUUGGUCUCCCUUCCCACAAUUCCACCUCGCGGCCUGAGAGGCCCAGGCGGAUCGCACCGUUAAAAUUUGAGGACCGCUGUGUGCGGACCCCUCCCGUAGCACCUGUGUGUCGAAACAGCCUAUAACAGGUGACCCCGUGCUCCGCUUGAAGGGACGGUCUCACUCACAGCAAGGACUUCUUUCAGUUCAGCAGCUGAGGGAAAAAAAAAAAUCACUCCUGUAAUUUCCUCUCUGGUGCUCAGUGCCUGGUACUCCCGGCGUCCAGUCUCACCUCUUAGCUUUAUCAAACAAUCAUAAGACGCUUUAUUUUUGUUGGAGUUAUUCUGAGUCCUUUCCAGGUGAUGCAGCUGCCCCAAAGCUUGUGCCGUACACAGCCUACAGAUAUAGCAGAGGAUGGCGUUGUGGAAGGGCUGCAUGACUGAGGUUACAUUUCGGAGGUUCGUAUAAGCAUGCACACAUGGAGUCAUUGUUACAGAUUUUGGUUACGUUUGAACUCGCUCCCACUGCAAUGGCGACGACAGUUGGCAGGAUCCCACAGUCCCUUUUCUCCAGCCGAAGUUCAGCAAAAAGGUGUUAGCCUUGGCUAACUCCCAGCUGUGAAUGUGUGGAUCAGACCCCUGGUGUGAAAAGUGGUGUUUUUUUUUUUUUUUUUUUUUUUUUUUU